UAUAUUAUUUUUAACAACUUGGUAAUCUCAUGUUCAACACGUCCGUUUUAUUGUAAAACAUUCGAGAAUUAACAAUGGCUAAAAUAAAAGACAAUACUGUUCAAGUGGUGUUUAUUUCAUUGCUAUUGGAUCUAUUAGCAUUUACAAUGAUACUACCAUUGUUACCGGCGUUGUUAGACUAUUAUAAAGAAAUCGAAAAUGAUCAGGGCCUAUAUUUUAAGAUCUUACAUUAUAUACAAAGCACAAGAAAAUUUUUUAACGCUCCCGAUAAAGUUUGUACAGUACUUUAUGGAGGUUUCCUUGGUUCUAUGUACUCCUUUUUACAAUUUUUGGGUUCACCAAUUGUAGGGGCAUUAUCUGAUAUUUAUGGAAGAAAGCCAUUGAUGCUUCUUUGCUCGACAGGCAUCAUGUUGUCUUAUUUAUUGUGGGCAUUGUCUUAUAAUUUUACUAUAUUUGUAUUAGCAAGAUUUGUUGGCGGCAUUAGUAAAGGAAAUAUUGGUUUGUCAAUGGCCAUUGUAACAGAUGUUACGUGUGCAAAAACAAGAGGAAAAGCAAUGGCAUUAGUUGGUAUAGCCUUUUCCAUAGGUUUCGUUGCAGGACCAAUGAUAGGAGCAUUCUUUGCUUGGGCUUCAAGCAAUAAUAGAGAAGGAGCUUGGUACGUGAUACCUGCCAUUUUCGCUCUUUUUCUAGCAGCAAGUGAUUUAUGUUUCAUUGCUCUCAAUUUGAGAGAAUCUUUACCACCAAAGAAUAGAGCACUUACUUUGAAGUCUGGCAUAUCUGGAGCCAUUGCUUAUAUCAAUCCUAUAGAUUUGUUUCAGUUUAAUGGAGUAUCUGGCUUAAGCAUCCAAGAUAAAAAAAGCUUAAGAGUAUUAGGCUAUGCAUAUUUUAUGUAUUUAUUCCUUUACAGUGGUUUAGAAUUUACCUUAACAUUCUUGACUCAUUAUUUCUUUGAAUUUACGAGCAUGCAACAAGGUUGGAUGUUCUUAGGAAUUGGAUUAGUUAUGGCAGUAUUGCAAGGAUGUUGGGUACGAACAAUUCCACCAAAUAAAACAAAAUCAACAGCAGAAUUGGGCUUAUGGUUAGUAAUACCAGCAUUUGUAUGUAUUGGUGUGGCAGAAAAUACACUAGCAUUGUCCAUUGGAAUACUUUUAUUUGCAAUUUCUACUGCCAUGGUGGUGACUUGUAUGAUGACACUUGUGUCGCGAAUCGGGCCUGAGAACCAAAAAGGAGUAAUAACAGGUGUAUUUCGCUCACUUGGGGCAUUGGCUAGGUCUUGUGGACCUAUUAUAGCUUCUUUAGCUUUUUGGUACAUUGGCAGUAGGACAACAUAUCUGAUUGGUGCUAUAUUUCUUGUAUUUCCACCUCUUAUUCUUCAAAGUAUGAAAUCCCUUUGA